CAAGUUAGUGGGUAAGGGUUUUAGGAUAAUUCAUUCCACUGUCAGAAUCGAUUCCGAUUCCGAUUCCGAUUUCGGAGAUGGCGACGAUUUCGCAGGAGCUGUACCCAUCGCAAGACGAUCUUCUCUACGAAGAAGAGCUUCUCCGAAACCCCUUCAGCCUCAAGCUAUGGUGGCGUUACCUCAUCGCUCGAUCUGAAUCUCCCUUCAAGAAGCGUUUCAUCAUCUACGAGCGUGCCCUCAAAGCUCUCCCCGGAAGCUACAAGCUCUGGUACGCUUACCUCCGUGAACGCCUCGACCUCGUUCGCAACCUCCCCGUCACUCACUCCCACUACGAUUCCCUCAACAACACCUUCGAGCGUGCUCUAGUCACUAUGCACAAGAUGCCCAGGAUCUGGAUCAUGUAUCUUCAAACCCUAACUCACCAGAAGCUCGUUACGCGGACGCGGAGGACGUUCGAUAGAGCUCUCUGCGCGCUACCGGUGACCCAGCAUGACCGCAUUUGGGAGCCUUACCUUCUGUUUGUCAGCCAGAAGGGUAUCCCCAUUGAGACCUCGCUUAGGGUUUAUCGCAGGUAUUUGAAAUAUGACCCUUCUCAUAUUGAAGAUUUCAUUGAGUUUUUGGUUAAUUCUAGUUUAUGGCAAGAGGCUGCUGAGAGGUUAGCUUCUGUGUUGAAUGAUGAUCAGUUUUAUUCCAUAAAAGGGAAAACCAAACACAGGCUUUGGUUGGAGCUUUGUGAUUUGCUUACUAGGCAUGCCAAUGAGGUUUCUGGGUUGAAUGUAGAUGCUAUCAUUAGGGGUGGGAUUAGGAAGUUUACUGAUGAGGUGGGUAGGCUUUGGACUUCACUGGCGGAGUAUUACAUUAGGAGGGGUUUGCAUGAGAAGGCCAGGGAUGUGUUUGAGGAGGGUAUGUCCACGGUCGUAACAGUCAGGGAUUUCAGUGUCAUAUUUGAUUCGUACUCUCAGUUUGAAGAGAGCAUGCUUGCUUAUAAGAUGGAAGAGAUGAGUAUGAGUGACGAGGAGGAUGAAGAGGAAGAUGGGGUUCAGGACAAGGUGGAGGAGGAAGAGGAAGAUAUUAGGUUCAAAGUGAAAUCAUCCCUGGAGGAGUUCGAGAAGGCUAUACACGGGUUUUGGUUGAAUGACAAAAAUGACAUAGACUUGAGAUUGGCUCGAUUCGACUACCUAAUAAAGAGGAGGCCAGAAUUGGCUAAUAGUGUGCUUUUGCGUCAGAAUCCUCAUAAUGUAGAACAGUGGCACCGACGGGUGAAGCUUUUUGAGGGUAAUCCUACUAAGCAGAUUCUCACUUACACGGAGGCUGUGAGGACAGUUGAUCCCAUGCAGGCUGUGGGAAAGCCUCAUACUUUGUGGGUUGCUUUUGCUAAACUUUAUGAGGAGCACAAAGAUCUCACCAAUGCUCGGAUCAUAUUUGACAAGGCAGUACAGGUCAACUACAAAACUGUGGAUAAUCUGGCUAGUGUCUGGUGUGAGUGGGCAGAAAUUGAGUUGAAACACAACAAUUUUAAAGGAGCACUUGAGCUUAUGAGGCGAGCUACAGCAGAGCCAUCAGUUGAGGUCAAACGUAGAGUGGCUGCUGAUGGGAAUGAACCCGUACAGAUGAGGCUGCAUAAAUCUUUGAGGCUGUGGACCUUUUAUGUUGAUUUGGAGGAAAGCCUGGGUAAUUUAGAGUCUACUCGGGCAGUUUAUGAGCGGAUAUUGGAUUUACGUAUAGCCACACCACAAAUAAUCAUUAAUUAUGCAUACUUUCUGGAGGAACACAAAUACUUUGAAGAUGCUUUUAAAGUUUAUGAAAGAGGUGUGAAGAUAUUUAAGUACCCACAUGUUAAAGAUAUAUGGGUUACAUAUCUGUCUAAAUUUGUGAAGAGAUAUGGAAAGACAAAAUUGGAGAGAGCGAGAGAACUGUUUGAGAAUGCAGUUGAAACGGCCCCUGCUGAUCAAGUGAAACCUCUCUACCUGCAAUAUGCUAAGCUGGAAGAGGACUAUGGACUUGCUAAGAGAGCUAUGAAUGUUUAUGCUCAAGCAACUAAAGCUGUACCUGGUAAUGAAAAGCUAAGCAUGUAUGAAAUAUUCAUUGCUCGUGCAGCUGAGAUAUUUGGUGUCCCCAAAACAAGGGAGAUCUAUGAGCAGGCUAUUGAAUCUGGUCUUCCCGACAAGGAUGUCAAAACUAUGUGUUUGAAGUAUGCUGAGCUGGAAAAAAGUUUGGGUGAAAUUGAUCGUGCCCGUGGAAUAUACACAUUUGCCUCUCAGUGUGCAGAUCCGCGAUCUGAUCCAGACUUUUGGAACAAGUGGCAUGAAUUUGAAGUUCAGCAUGGAAAUGAAGAUACAUUCAGAGAAAUGCUUCGCAUUAAGCGCAGUGUCUCUGCAAGCUACAGCCAGACACAUUUUAUACUGCCCGAGUAUCUGAUGCAGAAGGAUCAAACUGUAAAUCUGGAUGAGGCGAAAGACAAAUUGAAGCAGGCUGGGGUCCCUGAGGAUGAAAUGGCUGCUUUAGAAAGGCAAUUAGCCCCAGCAGUUGACAAUGGUCUUUCAAAAGACAGAAAAGUAGGGUUUGUGAGUGCUGGAGUGGAAUCACAGUCAGAUGGAGGAAUAAAGGCCCGUGCAAAUCAUGAGGAUAUCGAGUUACCUGAAGAUAGUGACUCGGAUGAUGAUGAUGACAAGAUUGAGAUUGCACAGAAAGAUGUUCCUUCUGCUGUUUUUGGUGGUUUGAUCAGACAGAGAGAUGAGGAUGAAAACAAUGGAGAAGUAGAUGGUGCAAAAGAAAAUGAAAAUGAAAGCCGGCUUGGUGCACUUGAGAGAAUGAAAAGGCUAAAACGAAACUAAAUGUUGGGUCACAGCAAAUUUUGAUAGCAGUGAAAUGAAAUUAAUUUUGUUGGUAUGUAUUUUGUACUGACAGCAAUCUAACUAGUGUGCUUUGACUGUAUCUAUUUUAGAUGUGUACAUUUUACAGUGAAGUGCAGUUCUUAAGCUCUGAUGCCUUGCAAUUAAAUGAAAUUUCAGCUUCCAGCUCCAUAA